CGUAAACAACUACCGGCCUCUUUGCCACGUUGAAUACACAACACAACAGAUCCUGUCAUAAUUGAGAUCAGAAUUAAUUUCCAGAAAUGAAAGUGUUAGCGAUAUUUCUGCUUAUUGCAGUUGCCGGCAUUUAUGCUGCAGAGUACAAAGAAGAGAAAAACGUGCUUGUCUUGACAGAUAAAACCAUCGCUGAUGCUCUAGAGGAGUUUGAUUACGUCCUUGUAGAAUUCUAUGCCCCAUGGUGCGGCCACUGUAAGGCUCUUACCCCAGAAUAUGAGAAGGCAGCUGCCACUUUGGCUGGCGAAGGCUCAGAAAUCAAACUAGCCAAGGUUGAUGCCACUGUAGAAACUGCUUGUGCCCAAAAAUAUGAGGUCAGGGGUUACCCAACAAUUAAAUUUUUCCGCAAGGGCAAGGCCAUUGAAUACAGUGCUGGAAGAACUGCUGAUGAUAUUGUGAACUGGUUGAAAAAGAAGACCGGACCACCAGCAACCACCCUGGAAAACAAGGAAGCUACUGCUGAUUUGAUCGAGAAAAAUCAAGUUGUUGUUGUGGGAUUCUUCAAGGAUGCCAGUUCAGAUGGUGCCAAGGUAUUCACCGAUGUUGCUUCAGGAAUUGAUGAUAUUCCAUUCGGUAUUACCUCAGACUCUGAUACGUUUAAGGAGCAUGAGAUGGAAUCUGAAGGUGUUAUGCUCUUUAAGAAGUUUGAUGAAGGCAAGAACAAGUUCGAAGGUGAGCUAACAGCAGAAAACCUUAAAACCUUCAUCGCUGGAAACCAGAUGCCAUUGGUCGUUGAAUUCACUCAAGAAAGUGCCCAGAAGAUCUUUGGAGGAGAGGUUAAGACCCAUCUUUUACUGUUCACUAAAGAUGUUGAAGCAGAUUCUAAAGACAUGGUAUCAUACAAAGAAGCAGCUGCUGACUUUAAGGGAAAGGUAUUGUUCAUCUACAUCAACACUGGUGAUGCUGACAAUGAAAGGAUCUUGGAAUUUUUUGGUCUAAAGAAGGAAGAAACCCCAGCUGUUCGUUUGAUCAAACUCGAAGAAGAUAUGACAAAAUUCAAGCCAGAAACUAAUGACUUAUCUGCUGAUGCUAUAAAAACCUUUGUUAAUGGUGUACUUGACGGUAAAAUCAAGGCUCAUUUGAUGUCAGAAGAUGUACCAGCUGACUGGGAUGCUAAACCAGUUAAAGUUUUGGUCGGCAAAAACUUUGUUGAAGUUGCCAAUAAUAAAGACAAACUUGUUCUUGUUGAAUUUUAUGCACCAUGGUGUGGACAUUGUAAACAGUUGGCCCCUAUCUGGGAUCAACUUGGAGAGAAAUACGAGGGAAAUGAUAAUGUUGUUAUUGCCAAGAUGGAUUCCACAGCUAAUGAAGUAGAUGAUGUUAAAGUACAGAGCUUCCCAACCAUUAAAUGUUUCCCCAGCAAUGCUGAUAAGGCAGUAGAUUACAAUGGGGAGAGAACUCUAGAAGGAUUCCAGAAGUUUGUUGAUUCCGGAUGUGAUCCAACUGUAGCAGGUCAAGCCGAGGGAGAAGAUUAUGGGGACGAGGAGGAGGAGGGUGAUGAAGAAGAAGAGGAAGAAGAAGAAGAGGGUGAUAAACACGACGAACUGUAAACAUCACAUAUCAUUAUUCUCACGUAUCACCUACUCAUUGUCCACAUUAAUACAUCUUAGUACAAAAGUGGGAUAACUCUUGUAUGUAAUUUCUGUGUAAGAGUUAUCUUGCUCUUGUUUUGAUGUGCUAUAGAUAACAUAGAUGCCACACUGUAACGGUCUUUCUACCUACUCUUAAGGUCUUGAUAAACUGGCAGUUAAUACGUUAUAGAUGGUUAGAAAUAUCAUUGUAGAAACGUACUUGGUAGAGAUUUUUUUAAUAUAUAAAGCAGGAUCAGAUUUUGUUAAAAUUUGACUUGCAUUCUUUCAUCUUUUUGACACCAAAUUGUUAUGGAUUGAAAGAUACUUGUAACAACUUACAAAUUAUGAAUUGGUAUAAUGAAAGUUCUUCCAAAGAUCAUCUUUGCAUAAUACUGUCUCUUUCAACUUGCCAUUUUUUAGCUUAAUUGUUUUGAAUUCAUUAAUUAUUAUUGAUACAAUUAUUUUAGAAUGUUAUUGAUUUUUGUUUUACUGGUUACUGCAAUAAUCAAAUUGAAAUUGCCAAAAAAAAUAGACCUGUUGUACAAAACAAAUUAGAGUUUUAGAUGAUAUUCCCUGAAAAUGCUGGUUGUCAUUUUUAGGGCUAGCACAGUGGAUCAAUGUUGUCAUAGAGAAGCAUUUAGUUUUUUUGUGUUUUAGAUUUAAUAGAAUGACUGCCAUAAACUAGACUGUUUGUAUUAUAUAUGUGCGUAUGAAUGAGUCAUAUAGUCUGUGACAGGGCUUGAGAAUUCCUUUCUUAAGUGGCUGAUCAGUCGAUUUAUUUAUUUAUCAAUUAAUUAAUUAAGAGAUUAGAAUUUGAAAUUUUUUUUAUAAGUUUUUGUUUCCAAUUACAGUAGAUUACAUAAAAAUCUUAAAUGUUGACUUAAAAAAAUUUGUCAAUAUUUUAUACAAUAUACUGAGGAUUUUAUUUUGUAUUUAAUUAUAAUAAUGUUUUCUUCUUCUACAAAUAAGCCACAUAAUGUUUUGUCCAUGUGUAAAGUAGUAUAAACAGUUUACAUAGCAAUUUACAUUCAAUAUAACCAGUAAAUUGUUGGUAAACUUGUAUGUACUGAAUGACUGUGAAUCUAGGCAUUUUCAAAUUGUGUGAAAGGUGUUUACUUGUCUUGUAUUAUUUCUUCAUUAUAUGUUUAUACAGCUUGAUUUGUCUUGUGUUCUUUGGGACUGGGGUUUUUAUUUAAAUCAUUCUUACUAGUUAUCAACUGUUAUUGAAGAAAUGUUAGUCAUUUUUAGGUAAUUACUUGUUUUUGGUAAUUGUUGAUAAAUGUUAAGUAUGGUGCAAUACACAUGUAUUUUUUUGUCUUUGAUAUUUUUUGUUUGUAUAUUUAUAAAUAUUGUUAGAUAAGGAUAUUUAACACUUAUACACAUUAAUAUCAAAUUACAUAUAUACUUGUGCCAGAUAUGUUUUUUUUUCUCUGUUUAUUUUCUUUUUUUCUUUUUUUUAUUAAAUUAAUUUAAUUAAACCAGUAUUCAGACACGAAAAUUUUGGGCAAUAUAUAAAGAUUACUUCAUAUUUCUGUACAAAUUUUAUAACAUAUUCAUGUAGAUAAAUUUGAAGUGUUUACUAAUUAUUGAGUUAACAUUUAUAUAGAAGAAUAUUAUAUAAGAUUAUGAACCAUGUAUACACAUUUUUUAUAUGUAUCAAUUAAGAAGUUAACUGAUGCUAUUUGAAGCUAUUAGUUACUGAUUUUAGUAUUUUUAAUAUCAGAGUAGUGCUACUUUAUGGCUUCCAUUUUGAAGAAGGAAAUAAAUUAUCAAUUGUAAAUAUGUUAAAUCGGAACCACAGAUUUGUGGUUAUUAUUACAGGUUUGAUAUUUUCUUUAUUUUUUUAUUGGUUAUUUUUUUCCUUGUUUUCAUGAUUUUAAACCACUGUUAUGUGGUAUUUUCAUUUGCACAUUUUCAAAUUUUACUCUGUUUUUUUUGUGAAACAAUUAUGUUAUAUAUAUUUCAACCAGAAUUGUUGUGACAAUAGGGAAUACUUAACGCUGUGGAUAUUAAAACUUGUAAUUUGUUAAUUCAUGUUUUUGCUGGUGCUACCGUCAUGUGUAUGGAAAUUCUGUAAACCAAAAUCAUUCACAGGUGACUACUACUACUACUUGAAAUAUUAUAUGUAAUGAAUAUCAUAUUUUACAGAGAAUGUAUGAGUAAAAUCACAUGUAUACAUUGUACAACAAAUGUGUAAAAGGUUUUUUUUUUUGUAUAUGUACGCAUUCCAUGCAGGAAUUGCUGGACGUUAUUUUUUGAUCUGAGUAAUUUUACACAGAGAAAUUUUAAGUGAAAGUAUUUUUCUUUUUUCGGUCAUCUUUUUAUUUUAAGUAUUUUUGCUCAUUAAGUCAUUAGAAACAUAACUGUGAGUGAUGAAACUGACAUUUGAACUGACGUGUAAUAUGAUAAUAGAAUGUGUUUUUUACAGUUGAUUGUGAAUAUAACAAAUGUAGGUAGGCUAGCAGUGGUGUGUGAAAAUAACAUUUAAAAAAACUACUCAAUAUUUUUAUCACUGAGGUAUGAACAGGCCAGGAGAUGUUGUUUUUUUCCGAUUUCUCAGAAAGCAGGAAAAAAAACAAAUUCAUGGAAAGAGAAAAGAACAGUAUUUCUAGUUCGGAUUGUAGAGUUUUUGGAGACUUGGUUCUCCGUGAUAGAAGUGAUGGUGUGCAAGAAAAGUGCUGUAUUUAGUAUUGAAGCAUUGUGGACCAAGGAUGGGGCUACUAACACCACUGAUUGAUAGAAUAUGUUAUUAGGGAAUUUGAAUAAUAUUUAUUUAAAUAAAAUGUCCAGAGUUUCAUUCUGAAACAAAUAAAAGAUGAAUAAAACAA